AUGUCCAAAAAACAGGAAUAUAUUGCACCAAUAAAAUACCAAAACAGCUUGCCUGUACCACAAUUACCUCCCAAACUUCUGGUUUACCCAGAGGCUCCGGAAACAAAUUCAGACUCCUCGCAAUUAAUAAACUCACUAUACAUCAAAACAAACGUCGGCAAUCUUAUUCAACAAGAUGAGGAUUUAGGUAUGCCGGUUGAUUUAAUGAAGUUCCCAGGCCUACUGAACAAAUUAGAUUCUAAACUGCUUUACGGCUUUGAUAAUGUCAAAUUAGACAAAGAUGAUCGAAUUUUGCUGAGAGACCCUAGAAUAGACAGGUUGACCAAGACCGACAUAUCAAAGGUCACUUUCUUAAGACGCACUGAAUAUGUUUCCAACACAAUUGCAGCCCAUGACACCACAUCUUUGAAAAGGAAAAGGCGUUUGAAUGAUGAAGAUUCGGAUGAUGAAAACCUUGACGCCAAUCAUAUAAUUAGUAGGGUGGAGGGAACAUUCAGUAAAACGGAUUCAUGGCAACAUCCGGUGAAGAAGGGUGUCAAAAUGGUUAAAAAAUGGGACCUACUGCCUGAUACGGCGUCAAUGGACCAAGUCUAUUUUAUCUUGAAAUUCAUGGGCAGCGCAUCAUUGGAUACUAAAGAAAAGAAGGCUUUGAACACAGGAAUCUUCAGACCGGUAGAGCUGGAAGAGGACGAAUGGAUUUCAAUGUAUGCGACCGAUCACAAAGACUCUGCUAUUCUGGAAAAUGAAUUGGAAAAGGGUAUGGACGAAAUGGAUGAUGACUCUCAUGAAGGCAAAAUAUACAAAUUCAAGAGGAUAAGAGACUAUGACAUGAAACAAGUGGCUGAAAAGCCAAUGACGGAGUUAGCCAUACGUUUGAAUGAUAAAGACGGCAUAGCUUACUAUAAACCCCUACGUUCAAGGAUCGAAUUAAGGCGUAGGAGAGUAAACGACAUCAUCAAACCUUUGGUGAAAGAACAGGACAUAGACCAAUUAAACGUCACUUUAAGAAACCCUAGCACCAAGGAAGCUAACAUAAGGGAUAAGUUAAGAAUGAAGUUUGACCCUAUAAAUUUCGCCACAGUAGACGAGGAAGACGAUGAAGAGGAGGAACAACCGGAACAACCGGUACAACCGGAACAAUCGGAACCAGAAGAUGUUAAAAAGGAACCAGAAGGUGAAUUCAAAACGGAGGCUCCUCAACAAGAAGGGGAGAAUGGUAAUGAUGAAGCAAACAAACAAGAUGAAAACCGUCCAGUUGAUAUACCCGAAGCUUCAGAUGCUGUUCAUGCUGAACAAAAAUCAGAGGAAGAGAAAGAAAUUUUGCAAGAAGAAUAA